AUGGCCUACACCCGGCAGUGGACUCCCGGCACCGUUGCCAGUGUAGGGAUGGUAGGGCAACGGCGACACAUUUCUUGGUGCAUGCUCGUUUCACUGCUUGGAUAUUUUUGGUUCCUUGUGGGGCACUUUAAGAGUACAGAGAAGCAGCAUGCCUCGGGUUCAGUUGUUGUGGCAGUGGGAGCUCCUGCGCCUGAUAAAGGGACGCUCACAGCUUCCGAAGCGCUGGCCCACACACUGAAACUGCUAAAUCCUUCUUCACAAACAGUCCGUGCCUUGGCGGCGACGGAAAAAGAGAAGGUUAAGUCAGAGCAGAGGCCGAUACCCAUUUGCUCCCAAUCUAAGUACCUCUGCCAAGUCUACAGUUUGCAUGGCCCUCCGCCAGAUGGCCAUCGCGUAGCUGCUACUCGAAGAAACUGGCCGAAUGGCGUUCAUGAAGUGGAAGAGAGGAGCUCAGUUCGAGGCAUUCGAUCCUCCAUUAGAUUACGGCGGCUAGCAAGUAUACCCUUCAAGAUAUCGAAGCCUCCACGGCACGCGACAACGAACGCACAGAAGCGCAGCGAACGACCUGGGGCAGCGGCACACGAGAACCCAGUUAUAGUUGAAAGCCUGCCUAUUAAGAUCCCUAGUUUCACUCAGGUGCCGCAAACAAGCCCCCGUGGAGGGUUGUUUCUACCUCUACGGCUUCGAGCAUUUUUUUCCGACUUUCCUCUCUCACCAGAUGAUAAUGGUUCGCAUGGUUUGAGUAAUUGGCGGGGGCACACACCGGCAGGAAGGGAUAGAGGAGGGGCGCAGGGUGCUACGUCUGGGGAUUCCUCACAUGAAGAGCAACCAGCCGCUAACUUUGUAUAUUACAGCGGCAGUGACAAUGGAGCGAUGAAGAGGCAGCACGUUGCAGAGCGGCUUAAUGAUGUUACACGUUUCUUCCAACUUGAAGUCGUCCCCGCUGCCAUCUGGUGGCUUCAGCGUAUAGCUACUGUUGAUAGGUUGCUUGGGCCGUUGGUAAUCAAGCUUCAGGAGACGAUGGACGACCAGCCAAAUAAAUCAGGCCAGUGUGGCAUGUGCCAAAUGCCCCAGCUGCGGCGUCUGCAGGGUACGACGGGAAAUCCGUUGCUUGGGAUAGUUGAAGACGCCGACGUUGUGUUGUUGUUCCGCACUGCAGAAAAUUCAGAGGAGAGCACGCGUACGUUUGCCAUGAUGGAUGCAUUAAAGGCAGCAAAGUUGUCAUUGCUUCACGUCAGUGCUGACCUCCAUCUCUAG